AUGCCGGGAAGAUCGAGUCUGACCCCUGUCUACCGCCGGUUCGAGGCUCUCAACCACCGACUUCUCCUCCAAGUCCAAGACGAGAUUGUGCAACUUGAACAAGAGCUCGAGAGUCUCGAUGCAGAGGACACCAUGUCCCGAUACGGACCCAUGGGCUGUGCGCCUGCGUCGCGACGCGCCGAAAGCAUGGCGCAGGGUGAUUUGGGCUGGCGAAAGCAUGCGCUCUACAUGGACAUUGGCUUGAAGCUAGCGCAGUAUAGCAAACUAAUCGAGUCGUUCCGAACCAUGCAGUCUCUGCCAACCCCUUCCGCCCUCGAGGUUGGGGAAUACAAGGCUUUCUUAGCCCGAACCAUGGCCAUCUGUGAGCCGGAAACAAGGUUCCUACAGGUAGAGAAUGAUCUGAUCUCGCUGCCACGGCAGGAAUGGGAAGAGACUGGGCGACCCGGGUCGCCCAAUGACUUUGAUUGGAGGGAUCAGCCUUUUAAGCAAAUCAUGCCACCCACGCCUGCGCCCCCAGUACAGCUCUCACCAAGGCUGGAUCCUGCGCUUGCUGGCGACGCAAAGGACUCCGCAGCGCAGGUACAUGAGCCCAGGAGCAAGUCACCGUUGCAUUUGGUAUAUGCGGCUUUCCUUGCCGUGGCUAUCCCCAUUGCCGCGUUCACGGUGGUGCAUGGCUUGGGAGAGCGCAUGGUGAUUGUGCUGCUGGUGUUCUCCGGCGUUGCAACUGCAGUGUACCAGUCUGGUCUUGUGGCAGAGCAAGGAUUUGUCGAAUGUGUGGGUUGCGCCGGGUUGUACGGGAUGCUGAUGGCAGGCCUAGCGCAUGUGUUUGCGUACUAG